UCCAGCCACAGGCCUGAGAACACAAAUAUAUCAUAAUUCGCGGUGUACCGAAUCCUAAGUUCCAAUACAAGCGAAGACUCGUAAAAUUCAAAACCCCUUACUAACAGCUAGUCGCGAGUUGUUCCCACUCUCUUGGAUUAACCUCCAGACUCCGAAGCGAAGAGACAAAGAUCGAUGGCUCCUACUGCAAAGGCAAUAACGAGUCCAGUGCCAGAUGCGUGGUACCCAACCCUAGCCGUCGUCAUGCUAGCCAUUGGUCUCGUCCUUACCGCGUCCUUCUUCAUCUAUGAAGCAACUUCUUCCAAGCGAAAUCGCAGUCUUGCCAAGGAGCUGACCACUGGGGGAGUGGCAUCUGUCUUCCUGGGCUUCGGGUCAUUGUUUUUACUACUGUCAGCCGGUGUUUACGUCUGAUAUUUAUAUUGUUCAACCAGUUUAAUAAGUUUUGCUUAGCAGAAUGCUAUCAUGUGGAGCAUCACGGCUUUGACACUGUCACUUACAGACUUGUAGACAUUUUUGUUAUUAAUCAGAUGAAGAUGGCUUUUUUGAUAA